CUCUGUAGGACCGGACUGUGUUCGCGAUGCCUUUCUUGGAAGGGGAUGAUGAUCGAGCAGAGAAGGACAGCAACAGGAAGCUAGAGGCUCCUUUCCUCUCCACCAGCCCCCCUCUGAGCUUUUUCCAAAGGGCUCCGUUCAGGCGACCCUCCAGCCCCUGCUCCACUCGGGCCAGAACCUCUAGCUUCAACGUGAAUCCUGGCCACCCUAAAACCGUCUUCCUCAACCAGAUCGGACCUCCCCAGCUAGAGUCACCACCCAAAACUCCACGCAGGCUUAGCUUCAGUGGGAUCUUCAGGUCGACCUCCAGGGAUUCAAAACCGCAACCCGUCAGCAUCAAACUGUUCACCUGCAAUAAGCAAGACAAGGCCCGAGGUGCGUGUGCUUAGACUAUUAAAAACAACAAUUCAUA